ACGCCUCUUGUCAAAUAUUUGCUGCUUACAAAACCAGCCGGGUGAGCGUGUUUAAAUUGGUGAAAACCGACCGACAGUCGUGUUUUAAAGUAAAAGUUGAAGUCGGAGAACAUGGACAGGACGGUCAGCCUCCCAAACCAGCCGGACAAAACCACCAAAGUAACUCUGGUUGAGAGCAGCAGCGCCCCCAGCGGGCUGGAACUGGUCAGCUCCUACCAGACACACAGAGUGGGAGACCCCAUGGACCUGGUGUCCCUGGCUGCACAAGUUCAGAAGGGAGAUGAUUUCAUUAAAGCCAAUGCUUGCAACAGACUCACAGUCAUCGCUGAUCAGAUCAGAUACCUACAGGAGCAGGCAAAAAAGGUUUUAGAAGAAGCUAAAAGAGAUGCUGACCUCCACCAUGCUGCCUGUAACAUUGUGAAAAAGCCAGGCAACAUGUAUUUCCUCUACGAACGGCAAUCGGGACAGAAAUAUUUUUCUAUCAUCUCUCCUAAUGAAUGGGGUCCAAGUUGCCCUCACACGUUUGUCGGUGCAUUCAAACUUCAGCACGACAUGUCCUGGACCCCCAUAGACGAGGUGGAGAAGAGGGACUCGGAGAUCGCCAUCAUGGACAAACUUUUGAGCCAGCAGACAGCUCUACCGCCGUACACAGGACCCAGCUUCAAGGGCCUCUCUGACUAAAGGACUACAAGGAAACAAGGACAAUACUUUUUAAAGGACAUGCAGAUGCUGACUAUAGUCUUAACAUUAAUAUACAAACUGACAACGCCAUCGAUGGACGGGAAUCGCUGAAAUCAAAACAGUCCUUUAGACUUUCUGUAAUUUGUUGUGUUUUGCCAUUUACAACUUUCUCUGAAACAGAGUGAAAACAUACUUACGUAACACGGUGACUUUCAUACACUGAGUUCGGUGUAUAAUACAUUACUGCAAGUUUUUGUUGUAUGCACAUCAACGUCUGAUGCUGGAUGUUCAUCAUUUCAAUCUCAGGAUGCUUUUCUGAAAAUCUCAAAUGUGGCUUCUCGGACAAGCCUGUGAAUGGACACCAACAAAUAAAGCUUUAAAACUCCUGUCAGUUAGUCUUUUA